AUGCUGAGAGCUGCAGUACAAACAUAUGGAGGGAAGAAUUGGAAAAAGAUUGCGGAAACACUUCAAAAUAGAACUAGUGUGCAAUGUUUGCACAGAUGGCAAAAAGUAUUAAAUCCAAACCUUGUAAAGGGACCUUGGACAAAGGAAGAGGAUGACAAGAUUUUACAACUUGUUAAAACAUAUGGUCCAGAAAAUUGGAGCAUGAUCGCAUCACAUUUACCAGGAAGAAUUGGUAAACAAUGUAGAGAAAGAUGGUACAAUCACUUGGAUCCUAGUAUAAAGAAGGAACCUUGGACAGAGGAAGAAGAAACACUUCUUCUCGAUGCUCAAAGUAAACUUGGAAAUAAGUGGGCUGAAAUUUCCAAACUCAUCGUUGGACGUACAGAUAACGCUUGCAAAAACCAUUUCAAUUCACUGAUCGCUAGGGAAAAGAAGAAG